AUGGCAAAGCGAGAUGAAACUCGAGCUGCGAGCUUUCCAGGAUCCCUGUCAUCAACUUCUACCUCCUCAACAAGUUUGAAGCUGCCGUUGUUGUUGACUGCACGACCUGGAAAUGUGGGCGUUCAGAUUGACUCCCACCGAGCGAUGGACGUGUUCUCUUUUCCCCGGAGCGUGAAAUUCACGUCGCAGUUUCACGAAAUCAUGUACGAAAACGGGUCGUUGGAGAACUACUCGCGCGUGGUGGAGCGCACAGCUCAACGAGCUCGAUUGUUAGAGGACAAGUUGGAAAAACUGCGGGCGAGAGAGCAGUAUCUACUGGAAGAUGACGCGAAGCGAAAGCAGAGACGAAUUCAGCGUGAAGCAGCUCGUCAGCGUCGCAUUUGGCAAAUGCACCAAGCAGCAAAACGAGCAGAUGAACGCGCUCGAGAGAAUGCUGCUGCAAUUACAGUGCAAAAAGUGAUUCGAGGUACCCUUGCACGGCGAGUGGCUCGAGUGCUGAGGCAAAUGCGGGACGCACACGAAGCGGCGUCGAUGUUACAGCGCGCAAUGCAAGGCUAUGUUGCGCGACAACAGUUAGAACGGGAGCGUGAGCGCCGGGCCAGAGAAGCAGAAGAACGUCGUGAGCGUGAGAUGUACUCAGCAGCUACAGUUCUUCAACGACAAGCGCGUAAACGUCUGAAAGUCGUUCAAGAAGCGCGUCAACAUGCUGCACUCGCUACGUGUGCCGAAGAUGAAGAGGACGAGGAUGAAAGCGAAGAUGAGGGCGAUGAAACAAGGUCAUAUGAACGACCAAGCGAACUUUCCGCCGACGAGAAGAUCAUGGCUGAGGCAUUAAGUAGAGGGAUCAGUUUGGAUCUUCUUUUCUCUGAGGAAGAAGACAGCGAGAGUCCAUUCCCCACUAACUCCACAUCCUCCUCAACCAUCGAGCCAGUAGAUCCGGCAUUUAACACUCAGCCGAUUGCUCCACAGCCUCCACCAUCAAAACCCACUCCCGCGCAAAGACCCCGAAGGCCAAUGUCCAUCAAGCGGGUUGGUGGUGGCUACCGCACGAAGUUGCUGCCUUACAACACCGAGCCAUCUCCACCCAAGGAAUCAACACUUAAUCCGUCAGCACUGUCAAUAACCCGCGCCACUCGAGAUCAAUCGCAGCUACAAGUAACCACAACAGCAUCUGAAGCACCAAGUGUCAGCGAGGAGUUCCAACACCAUUCAAGACGCUCGCCAACGAUCCCAAAAGCAACUUUCUCUCCAACCCUCGCGCAAUCUCCUAGAUGUACAGCAGCUUCAAAGACUGACAGCGAGGAAGUACGCUCUGCAUCCCCCGUCAAAGCCUCACCGCCUAAAUUAUCGCCCUACGCGAUUCCUCAACGCUUGCUUUCAUCGCGAUAACUUCAACAUAAAAAAUCUGUACCACG